UUUGAGGUGUUAAGACGUCAAUUGAUAAAUUACCAAUUUUACCGUAACACAACCCAUUUAUCCACACAACCACUUUACCAACAUACUUCGAUUCGAUUUAACAAUAUUUAGCACGGCAAGUAGAAGCAAAAAGUGAGCGAAAACGAACAAUAGAAUGAGGGCAAACAAGUCAGGUUUUGCAAACAAUACAACUACAAUUUUGAACGACUAAAGGCUGUAUCAGCACCUUGGUCAAACCAUGGAGGAACCGAAAAUGGCAAAUACAGCGGAGCUGCCCACCACAUCAACCGGUGCAUCAUCGUCCUCAUCCACUUUGCCCGACAACGUGAGCUACGACAAGAUCGCCUGGACUCGGGAUAUCACAGAGCCCUUGGUUGAGGAGUCCUCUACAAGUCAAUUGCGCCCACUGGGUACCUCGAUUUCAGCUGAUUUGACCGCAUCAGAAGCGAAUACAUCCAACACAUCGUAUUCCUUUACUGGGGACUACCUCUCUGGUGGCAAUAAGGCCGAUCUGAAGGGUGGCUAUCCAUCCGUCAUCACCGAAAGUGACUCCAAAUCCAAUGAAAAGGAGAAGGACAAGGAGAAGGAACAGACUCCAGACGAAUCGCUUUACGAGUGUAACAUAUGCCUGGACACCGCCAAAGAUGCUGUGGUCAGCAUGUGCGGCCAUCUCUUCUGCUGGCCGUGUCUGCAUCAGUGGCUCUUGACGCGUCCCAAUCGCAAGCUCUGUCCCGUUUGCAAGGCUGCCGUCGAUAAGGAUAAGGUUAUACCGCUGUACGGAAGAAAUAGUACACACCAGGAAGAUCCUCGUAACAAAGUUCCACCACGCCCCGCUGGUCACCGUACAGAACCAGAUCCUGUUCCCGGGUUCCCUGGAUUCGGUUUCGGCGACGGUUUUCACAUGUCCUUCGGCAUUGGAGCUUUUCCUUUCGGAUUCAUAACAUCUUCGCUGAACUUUGGCGAACCACGUCCGGCUGCUGCUAAUCGGGGAACAACGCAAUACGAGAACGAGCAGACCCUUUCAAAGCUGUUUUUGUAUCUGGCCAUCGUGUGCAUAAGUUGGCUGUUCUUUGGAUAGCAAACUGCGAACGCAUAAAGACAUCACCCCGAUAACAAGAACCUAUAUUCAAAUGUAUAUGGAAAGCGUCCGAAGUAAUCUUAUAGCAGUAUCCUCCAGUUAAAACAACAAUAUUCUUAAACACGUUGGGUAAUAGUCGUCGGUUUGAUUAAUUAAUAUAAAUUGUAAGCAUUUGGUUAAAAUUGUAAUUUGAGAAUUUGCAAAAAAAAAGCUAUUUCAAAAAGUCCGCAAUUCGCUACGAAAUCUUGAAAUCAUUUCUUGGGUAUGUUCUCGGAUCGCAAUGAUUUAAUUAAAAUGUAGAUGUCAAAAAUUGCAAAAGUAUAUAUAAUAAAUUCGAUAAAACAUUAAAAACAUUUA